GCGUUCUGGGGCGGGCUCUGGAGAGGUUCGGUUGGGCACGUUGAAGGUCCCAGUGCAGGUCCCUUAUACGUUAUUUUGAGUUAAAACCUUGUGCCUUCCUUUUGUAGCAAUGCGUAUAAGGGGCGUGCUGUAAUGUAGUCAUCUGACAAAUUGCUCCUCCGUUCCCCAAAGCAACUGCCUUCAGGAUCUGACUAACUCUGGAUGCACCCGGUUGUCACCUUAAUUUCUCCUUUAGGUUGUUUAAAACAACCCAGUUGGGUGACGUUUUGGUUUUGUUUCUUAAGAAUUGGAUCAAAGAGGUUUCUGUUUUCUGGCACUGGUGUUUAUAAUGAAAGUGCAAAAGUGAUUUUUACUGUUGCAGGGAUCCAUAUGUGGAGCCUACAGAUUGUUCCCAGAACUGGUGCUUUGGGAUGCACGCUGCGCUUGGGGAUUGAGCUCUGGGCCGUGCUUUCAAAACAAAACACUGCGUGUGGUGUUUGACUGUAAAAAAAGGGGAUCUCCUGGGGAUAAGGGAUUUUGAAAUUAUAUCAGAAUCACUGCUGUGUCAUGUGGUUGAAUUGGACACGCAUUAAACUGAUCAGGCUGAACACAUAGGCUGAAUUUGUUGCUGGGUGGCGAGGUUUUUCAGGAGGAGAGCUAGUCUGGAGAAAACUUCCUCUUGCUGUUGCUUCUGGUCUAAAAUGGCACCCUUCCAAAUGGCUGCUUCCAGGGGAAAUUGACUCUUUGAGAUUUAAUAAAACAUUUCAGUGAGGAAGCUCAGUCCUCAUAGUAAAUUGCUGCCAGGCCCCAGCGUUGAUUUCAGAAAUAGAAAAAUAAUGAGUGUCAUCUUCUUAAGUAUGCCUGUCUCACCCAAGUGUAGAUGUAGCAGCUUUAGCAGUCCUCUUAGUUUGGAACUGAUUCCCAAUGCCCUUUCAGACAUCGAGGAGGAAAAGCUGGUGGACAGAGAGAACAAUGGAGGAGAGCCACCCACUGAAAAUGUAGGAAAGAAGGGUUAUGAAUUAAGGGAAAGCCACUACAUAAAAAAUUGGUGCUAUCUAAAAAUUUGUUAUGGAUUUGGGACCUGCAGAUACUGCUACACCUGUGUGUGCUGCAGUCCUGCCUGUUGCCACUGAGCAAGGUGGAGAGAGCUUCUUUGUUGAACGCAGUUAUGUUAAAGCAUGCACUGUUGCCUGGAAGAAGAGCAGAGACUUCCAUUGCGUGGAACUUCGGAUCUGCGGUUCACCUGGUGUGCCGUGUCCAGCAUAUGGUUAGAAAAAAAAAAAAAAAAAAACCAACUGUGGCAAGCCAGGUACUCAUCUGGGGACAUUGGGGUCUUCGGUGACAUCUCCAAGCAGAGCACUGUGUACGUUAGGCUGUGGCUAACUGCCAGGUGUCUCGGCUGUAAGUGCUGUAGGGAGGGUGAAUAUACCUGUAACACGUCUGUGUCAACUGUCUCCCCAGACAUCAGUUUUAGCAGUGGGAGUUUGAUGUAAGUUCUCAGCUCUGACAUCGGCAGUGACAGUGUGACAGAGCCAGCAGGAUGGUUUUUCAGCUGGAAGAGGACUGGACUGCAAAUGUACCCGGGUAAACGAGAACUGUCAAAGAGAUUUGCCAUAGAUGUGGGUUACCAGUGUAGCCGUUGCAGCUGCAGCAAUAGUGGAUCCUGGAGCAUCUGGAGAAGACGGGAGUUUUUUUUCAUGGAAGCAAUACUAUCAAAAGCCUUUUGAUGCCAGAAAUUAGGACAAACACAUCUGUUGUCUGGAAAUUCUCAGUUGACCCUCGGUAUACCUGGCACAUUCCUUGAAAUGUUUAACAAGUGUGUCAGGCAGGGCAGGGACUUGCCUUGGCACUUCCAUGUUGCAGCAACACUUGCAGACCGCACAUCCUGCAUGCUGGGCACCUAAAUCUGAUGGUGCUGCUGGUGACCUGAAGCUUGAGAAUUACUUCUGGAUUUUUCAGCUGUUCCACGUGAAUGUUUGCCCCAUGAAGGUGAUGCAUUGACCUAUUUCUUUUCAACAGAUAGGCUUCGAGCCAGUUGUGGUUUAACAUCUCCAGGCUUGGGUGCUCCUAUUCCAUCUUUGCCUACUAAGCAGGUGCUUGGUAGGAGCAGGGACAUAAAUCUUAACUGUGGGACUCUCAACUACAUACUGCUGUGAAGAAACUCAGAUAUGAGAAUGAACUUAAAUAACAGAUAAACAGAGCUAUGAUGAAAUUGAUGACUGAAGACACUUUUUUUUUUUUUUUCAGUGCCAACUUAUUAGAAGUUCAUACAGAUCGUGGUAAUAGAAAGUCAGUUCCCAUCUAUGAUAUGUGACUAUACAGCAUUGUAAAAGAAAAAUGUUUCAUAGCUUUCUCCAAAACAUGAUGCAAAACCACGCAUUUAACUGUAGAUACAUGGACUCUGAAUGAACCACAGCCUACUUGACAGCGAUGGUCCAAGGAUACCUUUUGAUACGCUGCACUAGCCGAAGCCCCCUUUUAGAAAAAAAGCAGCUCCUUCCCACUGGCUUUGCUAAAACUUCUGCAGUAGGAAGUGUCCUACAAGAACCAAGUUACCAGAUGGAUGUGUGGCUUUCCCUUAAUCCUCUAAUCCCAGCUUUCCAGCUUCCGACAACACUGCUGCUGCCUUGUGCAGUGCUAGGUGCCAGCUGCCAUCUUUUACGUAUAUUUUAAAAUUAAUGAUUCAGGACUUUGAGCACAGGAGCACCGAGAACAGGUUAGCAAGUGCUUAAGAGAUUUGCUUGCUCAUUCUGCUGAGGCCCAUCAAAUUCUUCAGGAACCUCCAGCAUUCAAACCAUUUUUCACAGGAUCACUUGAAGCAGGAAAUUGCUGCUCAGCAAACCUCUCUCUACCUUUUAUAUGUUAAAGUGACUUUAAAACAGCAGAAGGUGGAGCAGUAUCUGCCUGGGGGUGGGGGGGAGAAUGGGGCUAUUCUCAGCUGGUUCCAGUGGUCCCAGAUGUCUGAUGAGUGCAAGAUUCUUGGCCUGCAGGUGGAGGCCAGUGGGGAAUUGCAGUUCUCAGUCAAGUGCUGCUAUCGGUCACAUCCUUCUGGCUUUGCAGAGCACGUGGAAAGACUUUCAAAUCGAAGGUGUCACUGUCACUCUUGAACUGCGAGAUGGGUGAAAUAUCUUGGGCUUGAAACUGAUUCUCUAUGGAUUGGUGCACUUGGAUCUCUAUGCUUUGUCUUGGCCACUUUACUAGAUCCCCGCUUUAAAGGUUGCUUUGAAGAAUUCCUUCUCCUGCAUCUUGAUGCGUCAAGCUAAAGACAAAUCUGUACUGAAGCAGUGUCUGAUCAGAUGAGUGCUUCAGUACAGGGUUAUUCUUUGACAGUUACAGAAACACCAGGCCAAUCAGCCCUUUCAGGAACAGAUUGAUUUGCCUCUCAUCUCAAGGAAAAAUGUCCUAAUUCAGGUCCCUGAGUCUUCACCUAGAGUUGUUCCAGCCAGCAAGGGAGCAGCUGUGCCUUGUGGCUGUGGCAACUUGCAGCUUGGACUCUUAUAGAUCACGAUGAAAGGUGACCCUGACUUGCUGGUGGGGGAAGCCGAGACGAUCAUCUGCUUUAACCUUUGCCUCCUUGGCUGGCAACCUUGCAGCCUUUGCUCUGAGUGGGUCUUGAGUGCGGUAACCCUCAGUCUCAGAACAGCUAGAAUUGACUAAAAGAAAGUAAAAACUAGAAAUUAUGACUAUUCCACUUCAGUUUUGGACAUUUUGCUUUAGAUUUUCGUAUCGAGAAUGAGAUGUGUUAGCAAGAGGUUCUUCCGUGCUUCAGACAACACGGAGAUGCGUGGUUUACGUAUGCAUCAGUGCGCUGUUCUUGAUGUAAUUUGUAACACCUAGCGCACACCUCCCCUUCAGCCUGUGCAGUACAGUCACAAGGGGGUAAAUCAGCAGCGGCUGUUUUGCAGCUGGGGUGAAAAAGGGGUGACCUAUUGAAAAGGGGGGCUAGAACAUGGAGUGCCUGGUGCUCUUCCUUCCUUGUCGUCUUACUGUCCUAAUAAACAGGGGUGGUGAGCCAGCAAGAGAGACUGUCCACGAGAAAUACUUCAUACUUUAUAACCAAAAAGUACCUGUAGAUAGGUGCAGUAAUACUUCUCUCAUGCGUUUGUUGAGGUGCAGAAAAAUUCUGUUCCCUUCUCGCUCUUCAGUACAAGACAAAGGUCAGCAAGCUGGGGAGUUAGACCAGGGAAUAGGACUGCUUCUUCAGCGCCAAGACAGACGAGCUUAUAAAACAACCCAGACAGACUUCCGUUCUACUGUUUAUCUUCCCUUAGCAAAGGUCAAAUUUAUGGCAGUUGUUGGCCUGUUUUUUCCUGACCCCUAAAAUUUUUUUACAAAGUGAAUUGAAAAUCUCUUAAAACAAAAACUUUACUAGAGUUCUGGAGAAAAAAAGAAGUGUUUAAAAUUCUUACCAACUUCCAUUAGAGACCUGCUGAGUGCACCAGAGUUACUCAUUUUUAUUCAGACUUUCAGGGGUUAGUUCAGUUGAUUUCUGUUCAGCACUCUGAUACCUGUUUAAAAAAAAUUUUUUUUAGUUAACCUUUUUUAAAAUGAAAGGCCUUUUAUGGAGUUUAGAACUAUGAGGGGGGGUUGGGGUUUUUAUUUUGGUUUUUGUUUGUUUUGGUUUGGUUUUGGUUUUUUUUAAAGUUUUGCUUUUUUCCCAUUCCUUAAACAAGGUCCACUCAAAUUCCGAACAGCUCUUGAAGUCUGCUCAGACAUAUGGAAGGCAACAAGCAAAAUGCUGAGCUGCUUGAGCAUUCAGAAGAGCUAAAUCUGAGGGGAUUUCUGUUUUUUGUUUUUUGUUUUUUUUUUUUUAAAUAUUUUUUUGUCUCCCACGGUGGUGGAUAGGAUGCAGUGAUGCUGCGUUAUACAGGUGUCUCUCACUUCCUAGGGAAAAGAAAUGCCGCCUUCUAGACCAUGAAUUCCUUCUGAUUUGGAUGUGAAUGCCUCUGCGCAGCAAAGCAGUGGUCCUUCGUUGCCAUCUAUUUAAGCUGGUGCAAACUGAAAAAAAUCAUGCUUGAAAUUUAAUUUCAUUAUCAAUGGUCUUGGUAACACAUUUGGAAAAAAUGUUUCUUGUCAAACUUCUACCUGAAGGAGCACCAGUAAGGUUUAGAAGUAGAUGCACAGGAAUCCAUAUGACACAAAGUCUGGUUUUGAAGGUGCUAGAGGUCAAAAGUGAACAGUCACAUCAAUAUUGAAGAAGGGAGGAAAACCUUGCACUUAACCAUUGUUUUUAUUCCCUUUGUCAAGCAGUCAAAAAAGCAAUAACUAAUAUGAGAACCCAACUUUUCCUCUCUUUAUUUUAGAUUUGGGAAAAUUCCCUGCCAAAAAAAAAUAUCGUGGAAAAUUCACUAGUGUUUGUGUGAGUAAAAGGUUCCAACCUUUUAUUAUUAAUUUGUAAGAAUUAUUUCAUUGAGUUUUGUCCAAAAGAGUCAGAAGUACUUUGCACAGAAAUGUGCAGCAUUUUAAUGAAAGGGGUCAGAAUCACUUUAAUUUGAACUUUAUCUGGUCUGGUUGCAGGUUUUAUUGCAUUUAGUAUCUUUAAAAAAAAAAUAAGAAUCAAAAUACCUGACUUCACAUCAAAAACAACUGCUUGUGGCUAAAUAAAAUCGGUUUCAGCUCUUGUGGCACCAAAAAAUCAUCAGCUGUUGAAUUGGACCUGAGCCAUCUUUUCAAACAUUACGUGAUCUUGCAGCGAUGGAUGAUGAUGGAUAUCUGGAUUAGGGAACAGCAUGUGAUGGCAAAUUCAUAGUAUUUGCUCUGAUGUAAAAAGAAAACAAAUUAUUUCCUAAAAUCAAAAUAAUUCAAAAUUCUUGGUAUCAUGCAGCCAUGCCACUUGCAAAGUGAGCAUUUCCCUGCCUCUCAAAGCUUGCUGUAUCCUUGAUCUGCUGUCUUCCUGCUGUUAAUUGAUUGCAACUCUACGUGUCUGAUCAGGGCUAAAAGUUGUUCUCGAUACGGAUCUCAUACAACAUAUACUGUGCACGCUUGUGUGUAUAGAUAUGUUUAUACUGUAUGCAUGUACAUACGUAUGCAUAUUUGUGUGCUGGCCCUAAAAUCACUCAUGUUAUAAAGCAUCAGCCUUGAAGGCAUAUUCAUCAGAAUAUUAUGUAGACCUUUCAUUUUUGCCUGUUCCCUCAAAAUGAGAGACUUUUUAUGCAGUCUUAUGUGGCAAAUAGCCAAAAUCUCUGAUUUUUAUUGUCACUCUUGCUGACUUUUAUUAUCACUUGCUUUUGGUGUGUGUAUAAACACAUAUGUGUAUGUAUAUACAUAUUUGUGUAUUUAUACGCACAAGUAUGUUUUUGUUGUACAGGUAAUAAAGAUGGGGGAAGGUUUUUGUGUUUUCUUAAUAGGUGAAGAAAUCUUGAAGACCAGAAAUUGCAACUUACUGAAUUUUAAAUUAAAAAAAAAAAAAAAAAAAAUUUAAAAUUGUCCAGCUGUGGAAGAUGGAUCCUCAUUUUUGCAGCCCCUUUGAAUCACAAGUUCAUCUUUAAAUGCACUGGGGUUUUUUGUUGGUUUUUUUUUUUGGUUUUUGGUUUUUUGUUUUUUUUUUGAAGAGCUAACUAACCCUGGCUGUCUCCAGUCUGACAGUAUUCAAAUGGACUUGCUUCCUCCAUUAGUUGUAAGAUGUUUAAAAGCACAUCCUAUGUUUGAAUUGUGGAUGAGAGGUUCCCUUGGCAAUGUGAGGAGGAAAAUUCUUCCUACCCCUUUAUUAUUAAUUCACGGAUUCAGUGUUGGUUCGGCCUACAGGAGAAGUUAACUGGAAGUCUUUGAAGAUCAAUAUCUUUGCUGAAGUUGUCCAGGGUUACUUUUAAAAAGAAGAUUUCACUGAUCAAGCCAGUAGAAGACUUUCAGUCCAAGAAAGAGCGAAGCCAGCUCUUGCCAAGAGUAGAAGAAGUCCCGGUUGAGUGAACCCUCAGAACCUGAGCUUGUUCCAAGAAUUUGUCCAUUAUGUCUAACCAAGGAGAUGACUGCUACUUCUAUUUCUAUUCCACAUGUAACAAGGGAGACAGCUGUUCCUUCCGCCACUGUGAAGCUGCUCUGGGGAAUGAAACAGUCUGCACGCUCUGGCAGGAGGGUCGCUGUUUCAGGAAUAUCUGCAGAUUCAGACACAUGGAAAUUGAUAAAAAACGCAGCGAGAUUCCUUGCUACUGGGAGAAUCAGCCAGUAGGCUGUCAAAAAUCCAACUGUGCUUUUCAUCAUACAAAAGGACGUUAUGUUGAUGGACUCUUCUUACCGCCAAGCAAAACUACCCUUCCAAGUCCACCUGAGUCUGCGGAAGACGAUGUGAAAAUGGCUCAGAUGUCACUGCAGCAAAACAAACUUUCUGUCCAGUCAAAUCCCUCUCCCCAGCUGAGGGGGGUGAUGAAAGUGGAAAACUCUGAAAAUGUCCCAAGUCCUACACAUCCUCCAGUUGUAAUCAAUGCUGCAGAUGAUGAUGAAGACGACGAUGACCAACUUUCUGAAGAAGGAGAUGAAACUAAAACACCUGUCCAGCAACCAACUACAGAAAACCAUAAUGGAUUGCGGAUGAUUUCCACCAGGAAAUCCAAUGCUAAUGCAAAACAAGAUGACAAUUUAAAUUUUGGAAUAAAAACGCUUGAAGAAAUCAAAUUGAAGAAACUAAAGGAAAAAACAAAAAAGCAAGAAGGUCCUUCAGGAGUUUCUGUUCAUCCGCUCCAGUCUCGGACUAUACCUGUACCAGAAAAGGAAAAUGUACGGACAGUUGUGAGAACCGUGACUCUGUCUACAAAGCAAGGGGAAGAGCCUGUGAUUCAACUGAAUCUUGCCGAGAGACUGGGGAAACGGAAAACCUCCAUGCCUGCUAAAAGUGUCCUUCCACUAAAGCGCAACCUUGCCGAAAGGCUGGGGAAGAAGAUAGAGAUUCUGGAGAAUGCUGACAAAGCACCAAAGAGAGUUCAAGUCCCCAAGUCUCUAAAGGAGAGGCUAGUAUUGCCGUCUGAACAGACCAGUACAGAGACAGAGAAGGCUGCUAAGCCAACAGGAGAGAUCCAUGUGAAAACACUGGAGGAAAUUCGUCUUGAGAGAGCUAAUCAGAGACGAGGAGAACCUCAAGGAAAACCCCAGACUGAAGGACAUUGUAAAACAGAAGAUCCCAGCUCGGGGGCAAGACCUUCCCCUGCAGUUCGCAUCAAAACUUUCUCAGGAGCCCUGGCUGAAAAAAAACACAAGCGAUUGGAAGAAGAGAAGCAAAAACCAGAAGAGUUUCCUACCAAGACAAAAGUUGAGAGUGAGCCCAAGAAGCAGAGCGUACUCGCUCCAUCUGCGCCCAGCAAAGUGCAGCUGGCAGAGCCAGCGGGUAAAGCCAAGCCAGCAGGAGAAGUGCGUAUUAAAACCUUGGAAGAAAUCAAGCAGGAGAAAGCUCUGCGGAUGCAGCAGAGUGGAGAAAAUGUGCCAGCUCCACCAGCACAACCUGAACCUGCCCCGCCAGGGAGGAGACUGUUACGGAUCACCAAGCUAAUAGCACCUGGAAGAGAAGAAAAGAAGGUAGUGGAAUUGAGCAAGCCUUCUCCCAAAGCUGUCUCUGCACCUGCAGAGCCCUCUGAUCAGAGUGCAACUAAUUCUAAAGUUCAAGUGAAGAGCCUUGAAGAGAUAAUGAGGGAGAAGCGGCAACUGAAACAACGCCAAGAAGAGAAGCUUCAGAAGGAAGCAGCUGCUGUGCCAUCUCCUGUUGAAAAAGCAAUCAAGGAUAAAACUCCAGCAUCAGGGAGUCCUGAAUCCACUGUGGUUUCAGGGUCAGCUUAUCAACUUGCGAAGAGGAUAUUGGUGAAAUCUCCAGAAGAUGGGGUUGAAAGCCCAGGAAAGGAUGCUGCUGUAUCACCAGGGAAACAGGCAGCUCAACUUGUGGAACGGAAAGCUAAAACCAAAUCUAAGGUAUGCCUGAAGCCUUCGGAUGGGAAAGCCACUUCCCCCACAAAGCAGACGCUGAAACGUAAGGCAGCUGAGAGUCAUCCCUCUGCUGUGGCGGCUGUGAAACCAUUGAAUACCACUGGUGGUGACAUGAAGGAGCCUUCAGCUAAAAAAGCGGCCGUGGCCGUUGUUCCUGCUUUGCCGGAGGACAGCCUGGUCUCCAUACCUGGGAGAGAAAAACCCAAAACCAGUCCUGAACUGCAUAUUGGAAGCCAGGCAGACUCCGUGCCACAGUCAGAGGUCUCAAGCUCAACUUCAACUUCUUCACAAGUAGCGGUAAAGACGCGCCGGUUGAGCUCCACAGGGGCUGGGAAAGCUCCCUUAUCUGUAGAAGAUGACUUUGAGAAGCUUAUUUGGGAAAUCUCAGGAGGCAAACUGGAAGCAGAAAUUGACCUGGACCCAGGGAAGGAUGAGGAUGAUCUUCUCCUGGAACUUUCUGAAAUGAUUGACAGCUGAACUGCACAGACCUAAGGUUUAAGAAAAAAAAAAAAAAAAAUUAAAACUCUAUAUUUUGUGGGAUACCUGGAGGUGAUCCUUUUUCUAGCUGAGGCUUUGCAAUGAGUCUUAAAGCACAGUUGAACUGGUAGAAAUUGGCAGUAUCUGCACUCAGUUGUCCUAAAUUUCCCUGCUGGUCAGAGUCAAGGUCCUGUGCAUCCAUUCUGUGACUAUCGGUGGCUACCUUCAACAUUAAGAGGACAAAGCACUUGUUUAUUUCGGGACAGAGACAAGCCCAUCUACAAACUGUGGUGGUUGUGAACUGAUCUACUGAUUCAGUGAUGCUCUGAAGGCUUAAACUUAAAGCUUCUUCCCCACCCCCCCUUGGCAAAACUCGACAUUUGGCGCAUUUCAAAGCUUUGGUAUUCUGAUUUCUUGGACAAUUGAGAUCUAAAGCCUGGAGUUACUAUGUCAA